AUGAUGAAGACUAUGUCUGGUGGAAACUGCAACCUGAACGUGCCAGCCAAGAACUCGUAUCGCAUGGUGGUGCUGGGAGCCUCCAGGGUCGGGAAAAGCUCCAUCGUCUCACGCUUCCUCAACGGCCGCUUCGAGGAUCAGUACACUCCCACCAUCGAGGAUUUUCAUCGCAAGGUCUACAACAUACGGGGAGACAUGUACCAGCUGGACAUCCUGGACACCUCUGGGAAUCACCCUUUCCCUGCCAUGAGGAGGCUUUCCAUCCUAACAGGGGAUGUUUUCAUCCUGGUGUUCAGCCUGGACAACAGAGAAUCUUUUGAUGAGGUCAAGCGACUCCAGAAACAGAUCCUUGAGGUUAAAUCCUGCCUGAAGAACAAGACCAAGGAAUCAGCUGAUCUCCCCAUGGUGAUCUGUGGCAACAAAAAUGACCACAGUGAAAUCUUCCGCAAAGUACGCACUGACGAAGGUCAGAAUCUUGUCUCCAGUGAUGAAAACUGUGCUUACUUCGAAGUGUCAGCCAAGAAGAACACCAAUGUGGAUGAGAUGUUUUAUGUCCUCUUCAGCAUGGCCAAGCUACCUCAUGAGAUGAGCCCUUCCCUCCACAGGAAAAUCUCCAUCCAGUAUGGUGACACUUUCCAACAGAAAUCCUUCCGGAUGCGCCGAGUCAAGGACAUGGAUGCCUACGGCAUGAUCUCUCCCUUCGCUCGCCGGCCAAGUGUCAACAGUGACCUGAAGUACAUCAAAUCAAAAGUUCUCAGGGAAGGUCAGUCCAGGGAGAGAGAGAAAUGCACAGUCCAGUGAAGGAGGCUUGCG